AUGGAAAUUGUUCGAUCUCAGAAUCGCAGGAACUUCUCCUCUUCCAACGUUGCGGUUGCGGUUCCCACAAUUCCCCUCUAUCGCUCUGCUCCGCCACUUGAAGUCAGGCUCGAGGAUUUCGAGUCCUUUGCCAUCGACCGCCUCCGAGUUCUCAAGGGGAUUUCUGAUAAUUUGUCACGGGGAAAGAAAGCAGAUGAGAUGGAAAAUUUGGUAAAAGACCUGUGGAAAGUGCAUAUGGGACAUCAACAUGCAGCUGAGGUUCUAAACAAGGAUAUUAUAUCUCAUUUUGUUCUACGUCUGGUGUAUUGCAGAACGGAGGACUUGAGGAAAUGGUUUCUUUCUAUGGAAUCUGCACUCUUUCGCUACCGAUUUCGUCUUCAAACUGGUGAAGCUCAGAGGGCAAUCAUGGACGAAUUUGACCAUCCUUUCAGGGCUGUUAGUAAUAUGGAAUUUGAGAGCAUAAAAGAGAAACUGGGACAAGUGGCACGUUCCAUGGGUCAGCCUUCACCCACUGCCGAUGCUAUCUUCUACAAGGUACCCUGGGAGGAAGUUCCAGAGCUUGUAGCCAGAAGGAGAGUGUUUUUAAAACAAGGAUAUGCGUAUGUUGCAAUGAAUCAGGUUGAUUCACUUGUAGCCUCACUCUUCCGCAGCCAGCUGUCCAAGGCACUCAUCCUUACAAACAGGAAAUGGACAUCUUCAAUUAGAGAAGAAGAGAAACAUAGGUUGACUCCUAUUGUUGAAGCCCUGUGCUCAAGUUAUCUGGGUCCUGAUUAUUCUCAGCCUAGAGAAUAUGCUGAGCUAUCAUUAAAAGACAUUGAUCAAGUUGCCAAGAGCUCAUUUCCUUUGUGCAUGCGCCAUCUAUUUGAUAAGCUGAGAGAGGAUCAUCAUUUAAAGCAUGGAGGGAGGAUGCAACUAGGCCUCUUUCUGAAGGGUGUCGGCUUGAACCUAGAUGAUGCACUUGCGUUUUGGAGAGUUGAGUUCUCUAAAAAGGUUGGUUUGGAGAAGUUUGAGAAAGAAUAUGCAUAUAACAUACGCCAUAAUUAUGGAAAGGAAGGGAAGAGAACUGAUUAUACUCCCUAUUCUUGUCAAAAGAUUAUUUCAUCAACUCCAGGUGCUGGAGAUCAGCAUGGGUGCCCUUAUCGACAUUUCAGUGAAGAGAAUCUAAGAGCUGCUCUCAGCAGAAUGGGAGUGAACAGUCGAGCAAUGGAGGAUGUGAUAGACAAAGUGAGAAAUAGACAUUAUCAAUUGGCAUGCACCUUGACAUUUGAAGCUCUUCACGGCAUGCCAUGUGAUGCAGGGAUUAACCAUCCAAAUCAAUACUUCAGUGACAGUCAAAAGAUAUUGCAGUCGAAGAAGGAUUCUUCGUCCUAAAGAACUUUGGUUAUUGCAAAAGACCGAUGUGGUGUGCCCAUUCUCAGAUUCCUAAGAUCCACGAUUGGGAUGAAGCUGUAUUUGCCUUCUCAACUGGUGUGAAGCUGAAAAAUUGG